UUGUGGGCUGGAGACGCCACCAUCGCGCUCGGUUUAAUGUUCAAUUAAUUGUCUGCCAGGAAGCCCUUUCUGACCUGGCUCGGCCCUCAGUUCCUCCUGCUCAGAGCCGGUGCUUGCCACAGGAUGGUGGCGGACAACUCCACCGGCGACCCCCACGCUCCCGGGCCGCAGCUGAGCGUGACCGACAUCAUCAUCAUCACCUUGUAUUUCGCCCUGAACGUGGCCGUGGGCAUAUGGUCCUCAUGCCGGGCCAGCAGGAACACGGUGAGAGGCUACUUCCUAGCGGGCCGGGACAUGACCUGGUGGCCGAUUGGAGCCUCUCUCUUCGCCAGCAGCGAGGGCUCAGGCCUCUUUAUCGGACUGGCGGGCUCGGGGGCGGCUGGGGGCCUGGCUGUGGCGGGCUUCGAGUGGAAUGCCACGUAUGUGCUGCUGGCUCUGGCGUGGGUAUUCGUGCCCAUCUACAUCUCCUCGGAGAUUGUCACCAUGCCGGAAUACAUUCAGAAGCGCUACGGAGGCCAGCGGAUUCGCAUGUACCUGUCUGUCCUGUCCCUGAUGCUCUCCGUCUUCACCAAGAUAUCGCUGGGGAAACUGAGGCCCAGAGAGGGACAAGGACUUGCCCACAAAAUUGACCUGUAUGCAGGGGCGCUCUUUGUGCACAUCUGUCUGGGCUGGAACUUCUACCUCUCCACCAUCCUCAUGCUUGCCAUCACGGCCCUGUACACCAUCGCAGGAGGUCUGGCUGCUGUGAUCUACACAGAUGCCCUGCAAACACUCAUCAUGGUGGUGGGGGCUAUCAUCCUGACUGUCAAAGCUUUUGACCAGAUCGGCGGGUAUGAGCAGCUGGAGGCAGCCUACGCCCAGGCCAUCCCAUCCCAGACCAUCGCCAACACCACCUGCCACCUGCCACGGGCAGACGCCAUGCACAUGUUCCGAGACCCCUACACGGGGGACCUCCCAUGGACGGGAAUGACCUUUGGUCUGACCAUCAUGGCCACCUGGUACUGGUGCACAGAUCAGGUCAUCGUGCAGCGGUCGCUGUCCGCCCGGGACCUGAACCAUGCCAAGGCCGGCUCCAUCCUGGCCAGCUACCUCAAGAUGCUGCCCAUGGGCCUGAUGGUCAUGCCAGGCAUGAUCAGCCGCGCACUGUUCCCAGAUGACGUGGGCUGCGUGGUGCCGUCCGAGUGCCUGCGGGCCUGCGGGGCCGAGAUUGGCUGCUCCAACAUCGCCUACCCCAAGCUGGUCAUGGAGCUGAUGCCCAUAGGUCUGCGGGGGCUGAUGAUCGCAGUGAUGAUGGCCGCGCUCAUGUCGUCGCUGACCUCCAUCUUCAACAGUAGCAGCACGCUCUUCACCAUGGACAUCUGGAGGCGGCUGAGACCCCGGGCUGGCGAGCGGGAGCUGUUGCUGGUGGGCCGGUUGGUCAUCGUGGUGCUCAUCGGCGUGAGUGUGGCCUGGAUCCCCGUCCUGCAGGACUCCAACAGUGGGCAGCUGUUCAUCUACAUGCAGUCGGUGACCAGCUCCCUGGCCCCCCCGGUGACCGCUCUCUUUGUUCUGGGCAUCUUCUGGCCACGCGCCAACGAGCAGGGGGCCUUCUGGGGCCUCAUGGUGGGGCUGGCAGUGGGCACCACAAGGCUGGUCUUGGAAUUCCUGCACCCCGCGCCCCCCUGCGGAGACCCGGACACGCGGCCAGCCAUCCUUGGCAGCAUCCACUACCUGCACUUUGCCGUCGCACUCUUUUUGCUCAGUGGAGUCGUGGUGGUGGCUGGGAGCCUGCUGACGCCACCACCCCACAGGGCUCAGAUUGAGAACCUUACCUGGUGGACCCUGGCUCGGGAUGUACUCAAGGGAGCCAAAACAGGCGAUGGCCGAGUACCCCAGAAGCACGCCUUCUGGGCCCGCGUAUGUGGCUUCAAUGCCAUCCUGCUCAUCUGUGUAAAUAUCUUCUUCUACGCCUACUUUGCCUGA